GGAGUGCAGCGAAUCGUUGAGACUGUGCGGCGAGGUGCACUCUUUUCUCUUCCAGUUGGUGGCUUUUGAGGAGCGCGAGGAACGAGGAGCGUUGCGUGAGUCAAAAACGGGGAAAAGAAGGUGAAAGAACUGGGGGAAGCUCUCGGGGAGGCAGCGUAGCCGCAUCUUGGGUCGCGCGCUGUGCACUUGUGUCCGUACUCGUUCCGCUUGUGUCUUGUUCCUCCGUCUUUCUCCUCCAGAAGAAGCCUUUUCAGAAAACCAGCACACGGCUCGACGAGAAGAGCCUCACUUGUCAAAGAGUUUGUAGGGAACUGGUUCCGCGUCGAUUCGAGCGUCUUUUGCCUUUUCCGCCACACUGCUAGAAACUGGGACCCGCACUUUAGUGAGUGUGCAGCGUUUUCCGCCUUUGUCGCGAGGAAACGCGCUCAAGAUUCCGCAGCGUCCGCUCUCGAAGCACACCAGACUUUUUCUCCCGGCUUCUAACUCAAGAGAAAGUCCAUGCACUCUUGACUCUCGUCGCCAGGGACAGUCGCUGUCGUUUUCCGUUCCUCUUGCACUCAUCCCGCCGACGUGCACUUUUCCCGCUCUCGUUGUUCUCCGCUCAACCGCCCGACCAACUCGACAUCGUCGCGGAAGGAAGCCCGAUGCGGAGCGUUCCUUCCUCCCAAUUCUCAGCAUUCUUUUGUCUCCAAUGAAACACAUGGAACAACCGUGAACUGCUGUGCUGCUGUCUUCCGGGAACCUCGAAACAACCAGUGGAUCGGCCGUCGAUCCGCAGAAAGAUGAUGCAAGGGUAAAAACGCACGUGCUCUCUGGCCGCGAUUCCUCCGUUGUCACCAGACCUCUUGCAAAAGCCUUCGUUGGGCAUAGGUCUGCUGGAGGGACCACCAGCCGGUGUCCGCUGCGUCUUUUCCCUUGUUUCCGCGCGACGUUUGGAGAAACCGUCGCCUGACAGGCAGCCCCUAGAGCGCCCUUUCUGCCGCCGGCAACACCGGCACCAUCCUUUCGGAAUUCUCGGAGAAACAGCGCGGUCAAAACAAUAUGCCCUUUCCCCUGACGCUGCCAAGGGAUCAUCAGAACGGCCACUGCCCUCAUGCGGCGAACAGACCGCCUUUUGCCUGGUUUCUGUUCACAUCAUGCUUCAUUGAACCGCGUCUCACAUCCCAGUCUCCCUCCACCUGAAACUUCGCUUCCGCCAUUGUCUGUCGCCGCUUGCAGUCCUUUUUCGCUCCAGGCUCUGACUCCUUUCUCGCAGUCUUUCCCUCGAUUGUCGAGUUUCCUUCCGUCGCCCAGAGUUCUCGUCUUUUCUACGGGCAACUUUCGCGGCUGGCUCUGCGUGUCAGUCUUCCGCGACGACGCCGUGGAUCUCUCGUGUGAACAUUUCUUCCUCAAGUCGAUCUGUUCACCUUCAUUUCUCCCUCUUUCUCUGCUUCCACGCCUCUCCAGAAACUCGCUUUGUUCGGGGCGUCCGUCGUCUUUGCCGACCCUCUGUCGCCAUCCGCCUCUCUGUGGUGUCUCCCCUGCCCGAGAGAUUUAAGUUUCAGUCCUGCAGUCCUGCCUGCGUCUUUCGAUCCAAAGUUUCACUCUUUUUUCCGCGCGGUACGCGCUCUUCCCCUUCGUCGCCUCUGGCUUCGGCAGCCGUCUUAUUGCUUUUUGUCUCCUCUCUUAUUCCUCACCACCAUGUCGCUGUCGUCCACUUCGUACGCAGCCCAACAGGAGCUGAUCAACAGCCGCACAGAGGCUGUAUUUGCAGCUCUUCAUUUGCGCUCCUUCGUCCUCCGUUUGCCAAUUGUGAACGUCGCGGACGCGGAGAAAACUCGCCAGGGCAUCUAUGAGAAAAUUUUGAAGAACCGCUCCUUCUCCUGCACGCGGUCGAAUCCUCGAGAUGAACUCACGCGACAGCCGAAUCCAGAUGUCGCUGCCAAACAGACGGAAGAGAUCGUCGAGAUGCUCUCUGCGCCCUCCUCUGUCGGCUUCGUCCUCGUCGUCGUGGAAGAGUCUGUGCAGAAAAAAGGAGGCAGCGGACAAGCGGAAUAUUGCCCGGUCGGCGGAGGCAUCGUUGAGGUUGUUGACGAAUACGAGCGAUCUAUCCGGGGCAUGUGGUGCCGACGCUCUCUGCCUCCGGACUUCUCUGCGCUGCUGAUGAAGGCCCUCUGUCUCCGCGUCUUCGCGCAGGCCUUUGAGUGGCCGGAAGAGCCUUCCGGCGGGGUCGGAGCCUCGCCAGGAGGCGCAGCGCCAGGCGCCGGCAGUGGGAACCUCCGAGGCGCGAAAAAUCCGUACCGGCUGGUGAGUUGCACGGAGAAGGCGCUUCUCCUCUUUCCGAGAGACGCCGUGAAAUUCCUCACAGAGUCGCUCAUGCUCUCCAAGCACUGGGAAACCGAGCUCGAUGGCGGAAGCCACAACGACCAUCCCACCGUUAAGUGCAAGUGCCAGAAGUUGAGUAAAUUGCCCGGGGCCUGGCAGUUUUACGGAAUUUGUGAGUCGCGGUUUUUGAAUUACUGGCGGCCUGGCUUGCAGUUUCGGAACUUCCUUCCGGACGCUCCUGCGCCUGCGCUCUGCGACUUCCUGCGCGCGCGGCAGGGCCAAGGGAGACACGCAUCGAACGGGCGGCGCGGCGCUCCGAGUCUUUCAGAGGAGGCGGAAUUCAAGGAGAAUUUGGAGGGGGACAAGAAGGAAGUUCGCGGCGCUCGGGGAUUCUUCGCCGAGGGCGGGAGCUUUUCGUCUUCCUCGAACGGAUUGCCCGACUCCCCCUUCCUCGCAGAUCCCAACGCUCUCGCCACAGGACCCGGUACGCGUCUGAGCAGUCGGAGACAGCAACAUCAACUGCUCAAACAAGGCCGAGCUGCGUUCGCUGCCUACGCCGCCUCCUACUCUCACACGUCGGCCUCCGCGUCGCCUUCUGCGGCCUUUCCCAGCUCAGCUUCCGGUUCGGCGAAGAGAAGAAACGAAGAGACUCUGAGGGGGCGACCCGGGAGCGUCGAGCCGCGGAGAGCAGCGGCGGGAGCACAUGAGGCUGGGAGCCUGGACGCCAGCGCGUACGCAGAACAGGCAGGAGUGAGGGGAGACUCCUCUGCGCCGCCAGGAGAUCGCGCAAGGCUUGCGGAGAAGCCUGAAGAAGCUGUCGCCUGUGAGGAAGACGCAUGUGGAGCACGAGGCGGGAGGGUUUCGGAGAGAGGAGAGACGCCGGAUGACGAGGCGCCCGCGAAUGGCGAUCACAUGCUGGCAGAAGGCACAGAAGGCGUCAAGGACGAAGAGGAACUGCGGAAGGAAGAACUCGAUGAAGGCGAAGAAAAGAGACAAGCAAACGGUGGAGACGGGCAAGAACCGGCCGCCAAACGCAGCAGAGUUGUUGCCUAGGUUUUAGGGAAGGAAGCAAAUGAAGAGCGUCCAACCGGGAGGAAUCGUGUGGGGUUCCUCUUAACUCGAGGAACAACGCGUGGACGAGCAGAGAACAAGAUCCGAAAGAAUUCUGCUUUGUCUGGGUUUCUCCGAAAAAAAACGGAUACGCAGGGACUGAAUACCGGGUCUCGCGCACACCUCCCCACACACUGGAAUACCUGUUGUCUUGUCUGCGCAAGUACGCGAGUGGAGUUGCGUGGGCAGUCCUAGAGGAGAAGAGGAAGAGGGGCGGGGAUGCGUGCAGAGGUCCUUGACGGUUGGGCUUGUUCCUCUGGAAGAGGAACAAAUCGGCUUUGUCGAUGCCUUUUUCUCACCGUCGUUCUGUCUUCUAUAAGCGCGUCCUCUGCGCCCUCCUCCCCACCUCCCCGAGCGAUGGGAACUCCACUGUAACGAAGAGUACAAACCGUCGCCUUCGAGACUUCUUUGAACGCGACAACGCGUUCGUGUACCAAUGCUUUUGCCUUGGGGGUCAUCUCUGCAGAGAUGUUUAUCUACAUAUAUGCAUAUAUGUAUAUUAUGGACGUUCCGGAUUGGGCACCUGGCUCUUGCGUGCGUCUCUUGGUUAGCACAGUUUUUUGACUCCUUGCGUUGUUAGAAAUGCAGUGGAAAUCGUUUUCCAUGUUCGCCUGCUGCGACCAGAUUUCUUUUCUAAAACAUCCGAAGGCUUUUCAACUUCUUCCCGAUCUAAGGUCACCUGCGCCUCCUCGACGCAAGCGAAUGCGCCUGCAAACCUACCUGUCCACGACGGACCUGUGCAUAUACUUGUAUGCAUGCAUGUUUGCAUGUUUCGCUCUCUGCAGACACACACACACACACGCAUGCAUGCAAGCAUGUUCAGUUCCGUACGUGAAUUUAUAUACGCAUUUCCCCCCACUGCAGGCACCGCGGCGCAUCUCUGUCGAGACAUGGACAGAAGCCCUUGGUGCCCUUUCGGAGGGCGCGAGGCUCUGCAAGCGGUUCCCCACUUGCUCGGGGGGGACGGAAGGCUGUUGGCUCGGGGAAUGGAGGCACUUUGGGGAAGCACUUUGAAUUUUGUUUUCGGGGACUCGGGGCAGUGAUCAAUGGAGUAGGCUUUCGACAUGCCGCGCAGAAAUGCAUGUUUGUCGUUUAAGUCCAGUUCGUUGUGUUGACGCACGAGGGCCGCCGAACGCCUCCUGAGCUUCUGAGGAAAACUCCAGGUCUCUCCACGUCUUCUCGAGGUCCAGGAAAAGAUUCAGGCGUAGUCGCGGUGACAGUCGUCCAUCCCGCGUUGCUUCCUACGCCCGGUCAGACGAAGAUCUAAAGAUGCAUAUCCGUGGAGAAAUCUCCACAUGCAUGCACUGUACAUCCACGUGUAUCCGUCCACGGAGAGCCGCAUGCAUAUUAUGCGUGCAUCUUCAUAGAUGUAGAUG